AUGUCUACUUGCUUUCGCACCGCUUUAAGGCUAUCACGAUCACUUGAAAAAACUAGUGUAUUCUCUCGAAACUUUGCAUCGUUGGGAUCAUGUGGUGAUUGGUCUUCCAAUCCUUCUCAUGAUGCCAUGGUUUCGUCGCCUAAAUGGAAUAACACACUAUCAGCAUCCACGAAAAUUGGAAAGAAGGAAUCAGCGGAUAAGACAGAUCUUCUUUUGGACAGUAUCUUCUCUCGAUAUUUUCCUCUUCCACAUGCCGAUCACAGCACUCCAAUGAAUUCUGAAAUGGCCAGCUCCUCACCUUCCACUACCAUUCAUGUUCCUCUAUCGAUUUUUGAUCCUCUCGAGCAGAAUGAAGCUAUGCAUGUCUUGAACAGAAAUGCAAGAGGACCAAAGAAGGCCAACAAAGGCUCGAGACCAUGCUCUCGGAUUGCUCGGCGGAAGAAGAAGAAUGCUAUUGGAAAACGUAGACGCUAA